AUGGAAUGGAUACAAGCCAUGAACAUAAAUCGAUCGCAAGCAAUUAUUUUCGAAAAUACUUGCCCUUAUGAUUCUUUGCAAGAAAUACGGCAAAAAGAAGGAACUUUAAAACCUUAUUUUAGCAUCCCAGGUCCUAAACCUCUACCUUUUCUCGGAAAUAAUUGGCGAUUUUUUCCAAUUGUUGGCCAAUACGACGUUUCCGAUGUGGCUAAAUUAUCUUCGAUUAUUUAUAAACAAUACGGGAAAAUAGCACGGUUAUCCGGAUUAGUUGGACGACCAGAUUUGCUUUUCAUUUAUGAUUGCGAUGAAAUCGAAAAAAUCUAUCGAAACGAGGGAUCAACACCAUUCAGACCUUCAAUGCCGUGUUUAGUGAAAUAUAAAAGCGAAAUUCGUAAAGAUUUUUUUGGAAAUUUACCCGGAGUCGUUGGAGUUCAUGGCGAACAAUGGAGAGAAUUUAGAACUAAAGUCCAAAAACCAGUUUUACAAUUAAAAACAGUAAGAAAAUACAUAGAACCUAUAUCAACAGUAACAGAUGAUUUUUUAAACAGAAUGAUGGACUUAAAAGAUAAAAACGAAGAUAUGCCCAGUGAUUUUGAUAACGAAAUUCAUAAAUGGUCUUUAGAAUGUAUUGGAUUAGUGUCAAUGGAUGUUCGUUUGGGAUGUUUAGAUCCAAAUUUAAGCCCAAAUUCUGAACCACAAAAAAUAAUAAACGCCGCUAAAUACGCGUUAAGAAAUAUAGCAAUUUUAGAAUUAAAAUUUCCAUUUUGGAGAUACUUCCCAUCGAAUAUUUGGAAAAAAUAUGUUCAAAAUAUGGAUUAUUUUGUAUCGAUAUGUACUAAAUAUAUUGAUGAAGCCAUGGACCGUCUUCAAAAGAAAACGAAUAAAUCUGAUAACGAAUUAUCUUUAAUAGAACGAAUUUUGGCAGAUGAACCGGAUAAAAAAACUGCUUACGUUUUAGCGCUAGAUUUAAUCUUCGUUGGAAUUGACACAAUAUCCAUGGCGGUUUGUUCAAUUCUUUACCAAUUAGCCACUCGUCCGGAAGAACAAGAAAAACUUUACCACGAGUUAAAAAGAAUUUUACCCGAUCCAAAAACUCCGUUAACUCCAAAACUUCUCGAUGAAAUGGUUUAUUUAAAAAGUUUUGUUAAAGAAGUUUUUAGAGUUUAUUCAACCGUUAUUGGAAAUGGGAGGACGUUGCAACAAGAUACUGUUAUACAAGGAUAUCAUAUACCAAAAGGAGUUCAAGUAGUUUUUCCAACAUUAGUAACAGGGAGUAUGCCUGAAUACGUUUCAAAACCAGAAACAUUUAAACCAGAACGAUGGUUAAAAAACAGUGAAGAGAAAAUACAUCCUUUUGCAUCGUUACCUUAUGGAUAUGGGGCUAGAAUGUGUCUUGGGAGGAGAUUUGCGGAUUUAGAAAUACAAAUAUUAUUAGCUAAGUUAAUUCGAUCUUAUAAAUUAGAAUUUCAUCAUGAUCCUUUAGAAUAUAAAGUAACUUUUAUGUAUGCACCGGAUGGAGAUUUAAAAUUACGAGUUUUAAAAAGGUAUGAUUAA